AUGAGGUAUCUCCACCCAGAAGCAAAAGUGGAAGUCUUAGCAGGAAAGGCGCCUGAUGUGGAACUAGGGCUACGCAUUGCAGACAAUGAUGAUGGUGUAGAUGAAUCUCGAAAAAAUGCAGCAGCCCAUGCAGACAAGUGCGAAUGGUUAAGGGAGGGACUGAAGAACGUGAGACACCUGGUGCUGGAUGAGGCUGACCGGCUCGUCGAGUCGGGACACUUCAAAGAGCUGGAUAAAAUCCUGGAACUUCUGUACCAGUCUGUGGAGCGACUUCAACAGUUGCAAACCUUCAUUUUUUCAGCCACGUUGACUCUGGAUCCCAGAGCGCAACGUGGCGAAGACGGGGCCAACAAGGUUGAUGCCCUUAUGUCUCGGCUAAAGUUCCGCGAGUCUCGAGCUGUGUUCACCGUCGAUCUGACCAAGGAGCCCAAAGAGACGCAGAAUGACGAGACAGAGGAACAGUCUGUCCGUCGAGCCAAGCUGCCUCAAACGCUGGAGUUUAAGGAGCUGGUAUGCAGCAGUGACAAGGACAAGGAGCCGAUGCUGGCUGUGUGGCUCCUGAGGCGCUUUCGCUGGGGAUUGCUGCUACGACCGGAGGGUGGCGGCUACGCUUCUCGCGUUGCCGCAGAAAUCCAGAAGAAUGCUGCACCACGCGGCGGGCGGAUAAUCAUCUUUGUCAAUGCCAUUUCCUAUGUCCAGAGGCUAUUUUCAGUAUUGGCACUUCUCUUGGAGAGUCCCAGCGCAAGCAAGGUUCUUUCCCGCGUGCACAUGAGCAGUGGAGGUAAUCAAGGGGCCCCGCCUGGGCUUUCUGUCGAUGUUCUGGACCUGCACUCCAAAAUGCGGCAAAAAGAUCGUUUGAAGCGCAUCGAGAGGUUUCGGAAACUCAAGGACGCUGUGCUUGUUUGCACUGACAUUGCUGCACGAGGUCUUGACGUUCCAGAUGUGUCUGCUGUGAUCCAUUUCCAGGCACCUCGCGGCUCGGAGGUCUUCGUCCACCGCAGUGGGCGCACCGCGCGAGCUGGCCGCGAAGGACAAAGUAUCGCCUUUGUGGCACCGACCGACGUGACCCAUUGGAACAAGGUCUAUCGAGCCAUUGGAAUCGUCAAGGAGGACAUUGAACGUGUUGAGACCCUUCCGGAAGAAAUCACUGCAGCCAAGGAGGCAUCUCGGCUGGCAGCCGAACUGGAAAAGAAGGUUCACCAGACGUUCAAGCAGUCGAAUGAAGAUAGCUGGCUAAAGAAAGCUGCCAGGGAGGCAGAUUUGAUGUUGGACGAGGAAGACGACACACGUGAAGUUGGCAAAUCCAAGGCUCCGAGCCGCGUGCUUUGGGGCCUCUUUCAAGAGAUGCAGGCCCGCUUACGUCGCCCCCCCCGGCCCUCCGGUUCCGUGCGGCUCUCGAAGAAACAGCGCCUCCAAGUGGCGCGACGUGGCCGGUGA